UUGUCUGUCUGGGCUUGUAUCACAACACACAUGCAUGUUCCCGUCUCUGGCGUUAAGAUCCUGUCCACAUGUGAGCGAAGCGCAAAUCCUUCCGGGUCAGGGUCGGGGUUGGAUUCCACCUGCCGCGUCGCGCUGUGAUGACGCGCCGGAUAGCGACGCGCGCACAGUGCAACUCCGCGGGCGGAACAACUUUCGCUCGAGCGAGCUGCCAAAUCUGCUGCUUUUUUUUAAUGCUUUCGUCUAUGUCAAUUGGCUGUAGGGGACCGUGUACCCCUGGAGAAGACCGCGAGACGCCGUACAACUGGUCUCCUUGAGGGUUUCACUCCCUGUUUUAGGAAUAUUUUCUGUAACCGAAGAGCUGCGAGAACACACCCACGGCAGUGACAUACCGCGGGAAAUCGCUACUUCCUGUGCAAUGAAGUCUUGGCGCGACAUUACAGUUGUAAACAACAGGAGGACGCGUAACAAUACGCAAAACAAGAACUCCUUAAGAAUCUGAGCCACAGAGACACUGGGAAGAAUGGACGACAUCGACACAGACGAUACCUCUGGUCUCUUUGUACCUGAUGCCAAUGAGGAUUCUGUGGAUAUCUAUGAUGGCAUGGAUAUCCCUUUUAGCAGCAAUGCAGAGAAGUCACCCCCGAAGGCGUCUCAGCUGAAAGACUCGAUGGAUCUUUAUGAAGAGAUUGUCACAGAGGAACAACAGAGCAGAGAGACGUCGUACUCUGAGUUGAAGUCCAGAUACCAAGCCGCUCAAAACCAAAUCAAUGAGUUGCGCAGGAGAGUGGAGCAGAUACAGAUGCAGAAUACAGGGUUGAACACUGAGAACUGCAGUCUCAAAAAGAACAUCUCUGCACUUUUACAAACGGCACGACAGGAGGUGACACGAAAAGAUGCUGAGAUUCAGAGGCUGAACCAACAGUCAGACAAACGUCAUCCCCGAUCUCACAUUAAUCAUCUGCGGGAUCAAAAAUCGUCCAGUCAGCGUUCCAUGAUAAGGCCACCUCCUCCUCCGUCACCGUCCUCUCAUCCGCCACCCUCCUCUCAUCCGCCACCCUCCUCUCAUCCGCCACCUUCCUGUCCUCCGCCACCUUCCUCUCAUCCGCCACCUUCCUGUCCUCCGCCACCUUCCUCUCAUCUGUCACCUUCCUGUCCUCCGCCACCCUCUUGUCCUCCUCCGCCACCACUGCCUCCUCCUCCUCCUCCUCCAUCCUGUCCACUUCCACCUCUACGAGCUUCACCUCCCAGGGAGGGUCAUCCUCCAAGCAAUCCCCCUGAACGCUCCAGGAAAGAAAGUGAUCCGCCCAGCAGGAAAUCCAGCAGCAGCUCAUCAACCCGACACAGUGAAUCAGAGAAGCGCAAGUCCAAGCACAGAGAGGAAAAAUGUCAAAAACUAUCCGAGUCGAUGGACAGGAGACACGGAAGUGGUUCAGAUCCCAACAAGGACAGUUCUGCCACUGACAAAAACAGGUCUCACAAAGCAGACAAAGACUCGGGACGACAUUAUGACUCCCGAUCAUGUAAAAGCAGAAACAGAUCGGACCGGUCUAAAAGCCCUCCACCAGAGAGUGCCGUGUCCUCUGACGACAAGAAAGGGAGCAGAAGUCGGGAAUGGAGGCGAGAUGCAGCCAAAAUGUCCCCAUCAGACUCCGAACAUAGUGCGGCUCACAGCUCUAAAGAGGGCCGCGGCCGAGAUCAUCGGAAAAUCAAGAUCAGUGACGGACAUGUCAGAAGUUCAGAGUCAAAGGACCGUAAAAAGUCCUCUUCAAAUCAACACGCUGAGCGCGGCGGUGAGUUCACCAAAGAAAGGGGAGGGGACAGACCGCCAAAGGAGUAUGAAAGGAAGGAGGACAGACGACAUGAAGAUAAAGUCAGCAGAAAGCAUAAGAGAAGCACAAGCAGGGAACGUGAGAAGGCAAGAUCAAAAGAAUGCGACCAGGGCAAAGUGGACGUCGGUAGUAAGGAAAGACGGGAAAAGACACACGAGGCCAUAAAAAGAUCAUCCGAAGAACCAAAUGUCACUGAGAAAAGCUCUGUGGGGGAAAAUAGUCCAAACAGGAAGUUGUGUUUCAUGGAAACAUUGAACCUCACCCUUUCACCGAUUAAGAAGCCACUGUUGCCCUUCAAUGCCAGCCAGGGCGACCUCGCACCAGCGGACAAGCUAGUUGGAGACGGACCAGAUGAUGAGAGCUCACAGCCCAACAUCGAGGACAUGUGUGUGAUCGAUGAAGUGAACAGCAGUGAAUUGGAAGCGGGGUUGGGAGAUUCGGCAGAAGAAUCCUCGCGCCCUCCGAAGAGUUCCAAAAAGACGCACGAGAGAGAUGAGGAUGCCAAAGCUGUCCAGGAGAAGGACAAAAACCAGAGUGACGCUCCUGCUGCUGACGAGCAACUUGAAGACGAUUCAGCCCAAACUACCUCGGCUCACCCAGAUGCUGCAGCGAAACGGAUGACAUCGCAUCUCACACCAACGUCAACAGAGACUAGCUCUCUAAAAGCAGCGGGUAUCUCAAGAAACCACGAGGACGAGCUGGCCUCAUAUAGCCAGGUAGAGGAUUGUGGACCUCUGGAGGCUGCAGAUGGUGACAGGGACACAUCUGGAAGCAUUUAUGAACAACACAAGGGCAAUUCUUCACAAAAAGUAAAUGCUGGAAAUGUUACGGAUCAAUCUGUUGCUGUUAAAGACCCCGUCGUGCUUGAUCCAAGUGUCGAACUGAAGUGCAGUACUCCUAAAACCGCAGGACAGAAGAGCCUUCCUGUGGAUUCAGUGGAAGAAGAUUCACCCUUAAGGGAAAAUCCUGCAGCUGAAGACGCUCCUGACAAGGCCAACCUCAAGAAUAAGCAAGUUUCUCAAACUCUUCUACUUCAGGACUGUCGGCAAGGACCGCGUCUUCCUGCUUCCGUCUCCACUCACAAGAAAGAAGCCGGUCGCGUGCAAGAUGGUCCUAAGGAUGCAGACGCCGUGUCCAGCACAAUAAGCCUCGACUCCCUUCCACAAGAAGGGCUGAGUCUGCCCGAGGCCAUUUACGUUUUGACACGGACAAACGAAGACAGCAACGACGGUGGCGGCGUCGCAGCCGAGCCGAGCUCUUCUGCCGGCUGCAUCGGCGUGUCCAAAGUGAGCAGUACGACGGGGGAGAUGCCGCCGAAGUACGCCGGCCUCGAUUUCACGCCGAAAAAGAGCUUCAUUCCUAGAAAUGGUCGCGAGGAUAACAUCGCGCCUUCCAGCUCUGUGCCGCUGCUUCACGACGAGGACUCCAUGAUGAGCACACUGAGCAAUCUGAAGAGAAUCCCCGAUGUCAUUAGCCCUCUGAGGAGCCCGAUACGGAUAACCAAGAGAAGUCAGCUCCAUCUUCAUGGAAAGCCAAGUCAUGUCAAGAGCCUUCAGAAAGAUUUCUCCGGUACUCCUGUUGAUUCCAACUCAAAGAAGUUGGACGUAAACAAAGAAAACAAGUAUCCGGGUUCUCCUGCAAACCAUGACGCCCAAAACCCGCUGGACAUGCACACACACAUGUCUGACCCGCCUUCAAGUCUCUCAGACGCCGACCUGGAGGAAGGGGAAAUUUUAAGUGAAAGCGACGAGGUGGCCGCGGGUUCUCCUGUUCCCGCAACCAAGAGGGCGAAGUUGGCACAGCCAGUCGGAAACAAGCCAAGUCCCAAGACUCUGUUGAAGAGGAAAUCUGAAGCAAGGUGUGUUGCAAUGAAAGAAACAGCCGGUGUAUCAACACGAAGCCCGAAGAGCCGCUUUAAAACGGUUUGUCCCGCAGCAAGCAAAGCCUCUUUUUCCACCACGGAGGAAGUAAUGGAGACAUUCAAGGCUGUCCGUGCCGAGAUCCGAAAAAAGUACAUGAAGCUCCACAAAACCUUUCCCAAGAAGAGCUUCUACGGUGUGAUGGACAAUUUCCAGGAGUCUUUUUUAGAGUUUGUUGAUGGCGCUGAUUUCGGUCAAAUAUGCAGUCAGGCAGAGGAGCUGAAAUCCAGCAUGAAGAAGCUGAUCGCGUCUGUGUUCGGCAAAGUGUCUAAUAACGGUAUCGUGAAGCGCAUCUUUGAACAGCAGGCGGUCGACCUGAAGCAAAGGUUGUGGGACUUCGUAGACGUCCAAGUCGACUACUUGUUUAAGGACAUUCACACGAGCCUGAAGAGCCUUUGCAAACCAGCAAGGGCUCACGCUGAGGACAACCGGCCCAGCAGAAAGGAGAAGGUGUCUAGAGGGCCUCCUGCGAAGAAGCCGCAGUGUCAACAAAUGGAGGCACACUCGGCUCCGACCAGCCUGCAUCGAAUCAGGCCUUGUGCUGUCGCGCCGUACAAAACCGGCCUUGGAAGCAGAGGAAAAGAUAUCAGAAUCACGCACGCGGAAAGAAACGGAAACGCUGACCCACGUCCCACAAAUAACCCAAAUAUACAAACUGUGGCCAUCUUCCACCCAUCGAAAAAUAAUCCUUCAACUCCAGAGAAAAAGAGUAACGUAUCGUCUUUGGUCGUCUCUCAAACUGGCUCUGUGCUUGACAAAACCGACUUCGAGCUUCUCACGGAGCAGCAAGCCUCCAGUUUAACGUUCAACCUGGUGAGGGACACUCAAAUGGGGGAAAUCUUCAAGUGUCUCCUGCAAGGAUCCGACCUGCUAGAAGCCGGCAGCGUCGGAGGCGGUGACGGCACCGCCUGGCCCCUCGGUACGCCGAGGAAGGACGGAGAGAGGCUCAUCACCAUCACAACGCCGACUAGAUUUGACUCUCCAUCCAAACUGCUGUCCCCGAUCAAAUUCGACACGCCCUCCAAACUCAUUGCGACGUGGUCCAGCAUCUCCCCUCGCAAGCUGGCGUCCCCGCGGUCCAGAGGUCCAAUCCAUCUGAAUCCGGCUCUGUUCGACGAAAGCUGCAUGUUAGAAGUGCCGUCGGCCGCACACAGGACGUAUUCCAUACUAGCCGAAGACCUGGCGGUCUCCCUCACCAUUCCGUCGCCGCUCAAGUCCGACAGCCACCUCAGCUUCCUGCAGCCGUCGAGCAUGCGCCUCAUUUCCACCCCGGACAGCGUCCUCAGCGCUCACAUAAGUGAGGACGCUCUGCUGGACGGGGAGGACGCGUCGGAGCAGGACAUCCACCUGGCCCUCGACACCGACAACUCCAGCUGCUGUUCCAGAAGCAGCAGCAGCUGCAGUAGCAGCAGCAGCAGCGGCGAGGUGCUCGCCACACCCUUCGUGUUCAAGCCCGACCUGCCCAUGCAGGCGCUGGUGAUGGAGAAGUCCAACGAUCACUUCAUCGUGAAGAUCCGCCAGGCAGCCAACGGCGCCGAUACCACGCUCACCGCUGACGACAGCUUAAGUCGAACACUAACGGAAGAAGACCAGCGACACGGAGGAGACCACGAGGAAACCAAAGACGGUCAAGGAAGAGAGGUUUGGUGGGACGAAUCAGAGAACAGUCCGUCUGCCACCUCUCAAGAUGAGGGCUCAACACUAACAAAAGAUUCAACUCAACAAAAAACAUCUGGAGAUUCACAGAAGCUGAAAAAUCCGCUCAAAACUACUUCGGACAACAAUUUACACAACAGAGUUCAAAUCACGGUCGCUGCUGAUGAGAACGCGAGUCACGGAGAAGAAGCGUCAACUCAACAAAGUCCCUCAAAAGCUCUUUUGUGUCGGGAGAGGAUCGGCCUCUCCAAAACUGCGUCGGAUAACAGUCCGCGUCGACCAGCUGAGAGCUUUGAAACAAAUCGAGAGGUCCAGGUGUCGGCGUCGCAUGCCUCAGACUCCGAGAGAGACGGAGCGGCGAUGAGGGAGAGAGGUGUCACCGUUGCACGGGACACGAGCAGCACACCUGAGAAAGACCGUGGGCAUCGCGACAAAGGUAGAAAGCGGACGAAGCGCCAAGAGAACACAAAAGCCAAGCGGUUCAGGGAGGAGGAAGAGGAGAGCGCCGAGGAGGUCGUGUCUGACUGCAAGAGGGACGACGCCGACACCGGAUCCAAAUCCUCCCCUGCACCGCUGUCCCCCAACAGUCUCUCUGCCAAGAACGUUGUCAGGAAGAAGGGCGAGGUGGUGAUGGCGUGGACCAGAGAUGAAGACCGAGCCAUUCUCAUCGAGCUGAAGAGAAAAGGUGCCUCGCGUGACACUUUCUCUGGCUUGUCAGAGAAACUCAAUAAGCCAUCAGAGCAGAUCGCUCACAGAUUCAACCAGCUCAUGAAGCUUUUUAAGAAACAGGAGAAGAUGGACCCUUGAUCCCUUUUGACCUGCGUUAUCGCAAACAGUCCUCGUAUCGCAGCGUUCCCAUGCAGACGCUGUGGCACCAACACGGGCAUGUUGGCUGCUGUUCAUGUGACGUGGCGCUGGAAGAGGUGAACGCAGCGGGUGGGUCGUCACAGGAUCGAUCCCCACGUAGGCCACUCCUGUCCAGAUCUAGAGCCCUGCAUCGUCCCACCAGUACAAACGCGAGCAGACGAUUUAGCCCGGCUUCUAGUCACUCUGCCCAAAAAAAGGAUUCAACAAUACGGACUGUUACUCAGCACAACUGACGAGAUAGAUCGAUGUGAACGGUCAUCAGUAUUACUGUUUUUGAUGCACUUUGGGGGUUUUUAGGAAUCUACACUGCUGUCACUACAAAAGUAUCAGGUCCGGAUAUGAUGUCACUUUGUCCUCAGUCGGCGCAGCAUCUUAAAGACGCCGACCGUGCAGAUACGAUGCGUCGCAACAACGGUAGUCUCCUCAAGUCCUACACUCGUGUUCUUCUCAGUACAGUAGGGAAAAACUGCCUUCGGACUACGGUACUUCCAGGUUCAAGUAUGCUCAAAUGUUCCUAAAAUCAAGUGACUUUUUUUUUUUUUUUAAGUUCCUAAAAGUAGUGGACGCUCACCGGAAACCACUCGAAGCGUCACCCAUUAGUAGAGCUCGAGCUGUGGGACUGAUAUAGAAUGAUUGACAGAAUUCUGCUUUGGAUCUUAUUUUACUGGAUGUAUUUGUAUACGGGGGGGUGCUUGAAAUAUUUGGUGGUUGUUAAAGUGUUUACAUGUCCAAUUCAUGUACAGGACAGUACCUUUAUCUGUUAAUACAAAUUAAACUUUUUAUCUGUGGGCCCGAGUGGCUCUUUGUUUGA